UUUAUUUAUAGCGCGCAGUGAUUCACAAAAAAACCAUAAAUCUAAUCGCGUUUUUCACUGGCUGCAAUGAGUGUGCACUGAGUGUAGUUUUAUCUUUCUCUUUUUGGAAAGAAUGAGGACAGAGAGUGCUGCACUCCGUCAGUUUUAGUCCAGUGAAAAGCGCCAUUACUAAAAAUUACCAUGGGUACGUGAUUUCGAAACUUAUUUUUUUGAAAAUCGAAAUUAUAUUUCCCUUCAUCCGUUCACCAAAACGAUUUGCCACAACAGAUCGCGCCGUGAGCUUUUCCGGUCUUGCAUUUAGAAAAGACUUGGAGAAGAUUAGAUCGCUAGUUGGCAGCACCAUCCGAUUCGUUAGUCGUGGUCAAAGCACGCGUGAGCUUUUUUUGAGAAUUCGAUCGUGAACGGUGUACGUACCUUCGUGUGGAUUUAUACGCGAUUGAUUUCUCGAAAACUUGGCAAACCGUGGAACUCGGAUAAAGGAAAAUGGGAGAACAACAAUGGCCCGCGGGACAAUUGCAUAACUUGAUGAGCAAGUUCAAGGUAACCCCAGAGUAUGAGAUAUUAGCCUCAACAUCUGGACGGGAAGGCACCAAAACCGUAAUGCGCGUCAAUUGCCCAAUUGUACCAGAAGGCUUGGCGCUAUUUGCAGAUAGUUUCUACUGUAAAACACGCCAAGAAGCCAAACACCAAGCAGCCGUACAUUUCAUGCAAAAGUACAUGAACAAUGUUGACAAUGACCCAGUUGUUGACUCGCUCAUAUGUCCUACCUGUGAAGUCAACAUCGACCCCAUGAGAAUACAGAUUGUCCUGCAGUCUCUUUGCCUAAUGAACAACCUAGGACAGCCUGAAUACACGUAUACAUAUCCUGUGAGUUCUAUGAGCUCUCUGGAAGUCAGAGCUAUUUGUCAACUUUCAUAUGUAUGUAUUGCGGGCCAGGGCAAUAGUAAAGCUGAGGCAAAAUUGGAGGCUACUAAGAAGUUACUACAAAUUUUGAUGACAGCAGUAGGGAUUGACGAAAUCUUUGAAUCCACUGGCAACCCAACAUCCACCGAAAGCUGUGAUAUCUUCUGUUUGUGCGACAAACUAGAGGGAUUCCCACUAGUACCUGAACCAAUUUCUAUAUAUGGUAAAAGGCGAUUAGUAGUAGAGUCAUGCAAAGUAAGUCCUGCUAAGAGUGUAAUUGUCAGUGAAAAGCCACAGAAUGUUGAAAAAAAACCUGCGACAACAGAAGAUUCGCUUAAUUGUACUGACAGUCAAAUGAGAGUAGCAAGAACUGGUAAUAACAAUGAGACAGCGCCAUGUUUGAUUCAAAAAGAAUCGAACGUCACUGUCGGUCACAAGCAGCCACCUACUAGAAUAAGAGAUCCAUCCCUAAAUGAAUCAGUGGACAGUGUCGAUAGUUUGCUGAAAAACUUCGAUACCAAUAAAUCACAAGGAAAUUUAACUCGUCUUCGGUUAGUUAGUAACAUCAAUAGGGCCUUACAUGACGUUGAAAAAUAUCUACGCAAGCAAGUUCUAGAUGCUAUGGUAUUCAACAAUUUGCCAAAUGAUACAAUUGUUAUUCCAACUCAUGAGUACUUGGUACUUACUGAAGGACCUGAUGGACUUAAGGUAUUUGAAAAUGGUAAUCUUUGUAUUGAUCAGAGUUCUAAGAUUUCGUGUCUGGUUAAACUUUUAAUGGAUAUGAAGGAACCGGUUGAAAAACAACCCACUCCUAAGUCCUCAAAAUAAUAGAAAUUUGAU